UACGAUUAUUUGUGAAACGGAACGUAGCCGCGCCAAACGUAAACAAAGAAAAUCAUAAGCGUGACGUUAAUUUGAAAAUUUACAUAAAAAACAAGUGAAAUGCUAAAUGAGAGUGGUGUUAAUUUUAAUUAUUAAUGCGUUACCUUAUAAAGUGAUAAUAAGAACUUUCGUAAUCUAAACAUAACUGUGAUAUUGCCAACGGAAGUCCUACAGGAAAUGGGGACCGACAAUUCGCACACCCGGUGAUUUCUAAUGUAGUUCGCUUUGAGGAGGACCAUGGGUGCAACGUACAAGCAGUUGUUUAAAUUAUACGAUUUAAUUCAAAGUGGCGAUAUUAGAUCAAUUAAACCGUUUCUCGAAAAUGAAUCCAUAGAAAUUAACGACAUUUUACCAUGUAAAGGUAUAGGAAUUUUACACUUAGCAGUAGGAAUAGAUCCUGUAGAAAAAUCUAAAGAGUGCACGGAAAUAAUAUUAAAACAUGGAGGAAAUCCGAAUUUGUGCAAUGAAGAUGGCAUCACUCCAGUGCAUAUUGCUGCAAUAUGGGGUCGGCUGGAUAACCUGAAGCUGCUCAUAGGCUGCGGUGGGGAACCUUCACUGCGAGACUUGGACGGUCUGUCUGCAUUUGAUUAUGCAGUCAGAGAACAGCAGUGGGAAGUGUAUGAUUAUCUUCAUAAUGUGGAAGAUCAGUUAGAUGACUCAAUUACAUCUCCCUGCGCUUAUUCUUUAGAUUUAGAUAGGGUAUUAGUGACAACAGACCAAAUGGUUGCAGAAUACAAACCUACGACUGAUAAUCAAACUAAUAAUACGACAAUAAGAAAAUCUGAUUUAGUGCGAGACUGGUGCGAGAAAACAAGUCUCGUUAUGAACAAAUUAUAUCCGACCAUAUUAAAUGAAACAUAUAGUUUAUUAGAAAACGAAUCCGAACCUUGGAAUAUAGAUACAACAAAUUUGACGAUCGAUCUCAGUAAAGAACAGAAUCCACAGACUGGUGUGAACGAAACAAAUUACAGUUUCAAAACAUGUUUGACGAACGGCAAUGACGUAGAAAUAAGCGGUAUUCAACGUUUAGACAAGACAAUUGACAAAACAAGUACGCAACCAAAGCAAAGAUAUAGUGUUUACGAGAAUUUCUCACUUCCUGGAUCACCGAAGUGCAUUACGCAUAAGAAUUAUAAUACAAAGACGAGUUUAAAAAAAACAAAAAGAAAUGACCUUUGUCCUAGGAUGCAGAAUUUAACACUUGAUCAAUCUAAUAGUUUAUUGACUGAUGAUGCGUCAGUUAUGGACAAGGCUAUGGCGGUAGUACAGAAUAGAACCAACGAAUGGUUAUCAAGUUGCAGUAGUGAUAUGUUGGAGACCAGAGCUUGUAAUACCAGGAGAUCAUCAGCUAGUAGUGGUGUCAGCAGCAAUUAUUCGGGUGGGAAUAUUAUCAUAGCUAACGUACACGAGGAGUACAAGUAUGAAGAUAAAGAGGAAGGUGUCGUCUUGAUUGAGAAACGGUUACUUCUAUCACCGGUAGUUUUGCCAGUCGAUGAAGCAGAUAUGACAACACCAGACCAGACUAUUCUGUCCGUCGCAUCUUCUCUGCCUUCCACAAUGGACUAUGACGUCAACACACUCAGAUCCGAGCUCAUGAAGCUAGGCUUUACACCUGGACCUAUACACGAAAACACUAAAACAUUGUACCUCAAGAAGUUACAAACGCUCAAGAAAACACCGAUCGUUGUCACCAAAGAGGGAAAAUCUUACAGUGUAGAAUUACAAAAAUCAAUUCGAUCAUCGGAUUGGUUAAAUGAUCUGACGCCAUACAUUGAGUUGGAGAAAAAAGCGCGAGCGGAUUUCGCCAACCCCAAUAAGAAAUGGCGGGAAGGAACAACUAAAACCUCAUUUACCUACCUUUUAUUGGACCCAAGACUUACUGACAAUUUACCACUUAAAGCUAAUAAACAAAAUCCUCACGAACUAUGGGGAACUUUCAUCAAUUCUAUUUUUUAUGUAGGAAAAGGUAAACGUUCAAGACCUUACUCUCAUUUAUAUCAAGCACUCACUUUAUGGAAGAGAGAUUUUAAAACAUCCAAUGACAAAAAGGUUCAGCAGAUCCUUGACAUUUGGUCGGACAAAGUGGGUGUGAUAUGUCUUCAUAUAUUUCAAAAUGUUAUCCCCGCUGAGGCGUUCACAUACGAAGCUGCGAUGAUCGAUGUACUAGGGUUGCAGAACUUGAAGAAUAUAAAGAGUGGGAAUUACUAUGGAGUUGCGGCGUCUUGGCCUCUUAAAGAACGACGUAUGCUCGGCCUCUACCUCUUGUACAAGGCCAUGCAAAUAUUCCUCACCGAGGGAGAGAGGCAAUUGAGACCAGACGAUAUAGACUGACUUUAUAUUUAUUUUUAAUAAAUAUAUAUUUUGCGU